UCCAAUUUUUCUCAACAUCAAAACAAAGAGCCCUUAAAUUUUUUUUUUCAUAUGGCAUCAUCAUCAAACCAUUACCACUACCAAAGAGACGAUGCAGAUAAUAUGGAUGGUUACUUUGAUGAUUAUUUUGAUAAUUUUCUCGAAAAUUCUAAUAUCAUUCAAGAACCAAUAGAGCGAACGCCACGGAUUUUUAUAGAGAGAAACCGGGAAGAAGGCCACAUUAAUCUUUGAAAUGAUUAUUUCAGUGAUACUCCAACAUACCCGGAGAAUUUAUUCCGGCGACGGUUUCGCAUGCACAGGCCAUUUUUCAUGCGUAUUGUGCAACGUCUCUCUACAGAAGUCGAGUAUUUCCGUCAAUCCCAGGAUGCAACCGGUCGGGCUGGUCUGUCACCUAUUCAAAAAUGUACUGCAGCCAUUCGCCAAUUGGCAUAUGGUACUGCCUCCGACACAGUAGACGAGUAUGUACGAAUUGGUGGUUCAACGGCUCGGAAAUGUUUGCACGAGUUUAUCGCUAGAAUAAUCUUGUUGUUUGGCGAUGAAUACCUAAGACGUCCCACACAAGACGACCUAGAGAGACUACUCUAUCAAAAUCAACAACGUGGAUUUCCCGGGAUGGUUGGGAGCAUUGACUGCAUGCAUUGGGAGUGGAAGAAUUGUCCAACAGCUUGGAAAGGGAUGUAUUCACGAUCAACCGGAAAACCUACAAUCGUGUUAGAGGCGGUAGCUUCGUAUGACCUCUGGAUAUGGCAUGCUUUUUUUGGAGCUCCAGGUACUAUGAACGAUCUUAAUAUUCUGGAUCGAUCAAAUGUUUUUGAUGACAUUCUUAACGGUAAUGCUCCGGAGGUCAACUACUUUGUAAACGGAAGGGAGUACAAUUUGGCGUACUAUCUCACCGAUGGUAUUUAUCCCAAAUGGGCCACAUUUAUACAAUCUAUCCGGCUUUCACAAGGUAUGAAAAAUUCUCUUUUCUCUAAAAAACAAGAAGUUGUGCGGAAAGAUGUUGAGCGUGCCUUUGGAGUCUUGCAAGCUAGAUUCGCAGUUAUUAAAAAUCCAUCUCGUUUAUGGGAUAAAUACAAAAUAGCAAAUGUUAUGAGAGCAUGCAUAAUACUCCAUAAUAUGAUUGUCGAGGAUGAACGAGAAACAUACAGUUGGCGAAACAUUGUUUCUGAAUUUCAGGACGGAGAAGAUGUGGAUCAAACAUAUACCGUCGGUGCCGCCAGUUUGGGUUCAAAUAUGAGCAGUACGAUUACUUGUCGAACACAUUUGCGGGAUAAACAAGUUCAUGACCAGUUAAAAAAAGAUUUGAUUGAGCAUAUUUGGACAAACUUUGGACAUCUUCCACAUAAUGAAGAUUAAUCACAAAAAUUCUAUGCAGAGAAUAAAAUGUUUGUUUUAACUUAUGAUGUUUGUAUGGUUUAUGUUUUUGUUUUUAAUGUUUUAAUUGUA